AUGAUCAGUACUUGCAACACCCUAACAGUAGUGCUCUUACUACUCACUUUCUCCUCUCUUCAAAUCUUUCAUGUCUCUUCCUUUGAGUUCACUGUUGGUGACACCACUGGUUGGGUUGUCCCCCCUUCCAAUGACACCAAAAUGUACAAUGACUGGGCCUCCGAAAACAGGUUCCAGGUCGGCGACUCCAUCCAUUUCAAGUACAGGAAGGACUCAGUUAUGGAGGUGAGUGAGGCAGAGUACAAGAAAUGCAACUCCACACAUCCCAACUUCUUCUCCAACACAGGGAACACGGUGUUCGAGCUCGACCGGUCGGGGGCUUUCUACUUCAUCAGCGGAGCAGCUGGUCACUGCACGAGAGGACAGCGGAUGAUUAUAAAGGUGAUGUCGCCAGAGGAUUCUCGUGGUGGCAACAGUACUUCAGGAGCUGCACUACUUUUAUCUAAUGGACUAGUCCUUAAAUUGGUUUUUAUUCAGUUUCUUCUGUCAUAUGUUGCUUCUUGCCUCCUCUAG